AUGUCAGAUAGAGGUCUUGAACUUCGAAUCUGGAAAAACAAAUUAUAUAAUUUGCAGCGCGAAGCUCCCUCUCCGCAUGUCAUCCCUUGUACUCAGUUACUGAAGUACUGUCCACCUCAAUACGGUAUUGAAUAUCAUGGUCCGAUAUCACGCCAAGAAACUGAGGAAUUGCUUACCGAUGCACAGGACGGAUCUUACCUUAUUAGAGACAGUCAACGUGCUGAACAUGCUUAUACGUUGGUCAUCUGGUUCGAUAAUGUGGCGAAGAAUUUUAAAUUGUUCUUUGACCCUGUAAACAAACAACACUACGUUGGAGAGACCAAGUUCGACACAGUAGAACUACUCGUUGCUGAUGGUCUUAUUCAUUUUUACGUAGAAACCCGUGGAGCAGAUGUUCUAAAAAAGAUAGCAGAAGCUAACAUUUAUGAGAAGACGCCAUUUUAUAAGGUCCGCUAUCACACUUUCAAUGCACAGGCAGUAGAAGCAUGUCUUAAUCUGAAGCCCUCAGAAAACAAAGAAAUGACGAACGAUCGCCCUCUUCCCUCGCCUCUAAAACAUCUUCACGCCUCUCAACAUUAUGCAAACACGCCAAAGCAACUAGUGGCGACUCGUCGUCAGUCAGUGGAUGCCAGUCAUCUUGACGAGCGUUUUAAAUCUCAGUUUAGUGUUUAUCCAAAGCCAAUUAUUCGUGACUGGCCUGAUGAUAAGCAUGAAUCUAAGGAUUAUCGCAAUUACCCUCCAAUGGCUAUUAAUCAGUUUGCUGUUUGCGGUCAAUCACAACAAGAGACUGUUACAACUACUAGCUCCUCUAAUCUUGAAGUAGGAUUUUCUCAUUUACGUCUAGGACCACCUCUUGUGAGCAAAAUUCCAGUUGUCAGCUGUCCACAGUCUUCCGCUGAAGCUGCAUCUUUCACAACUCAGACUACUUUCCAUGGCACCAACUUAUAUGCUGCCGUUCCUCCUGGAAUGACACAUUCUAGUUCACAUGCAUCAUCUGUUAUUUCCUGUGAUGUGCGACCAAUUAGUCAACCAACUUCAAAUUUUACUCCAGUUACAGCAGUUAACAGUGUAUUAGCUGUUAAAACUAUUACCUCAAAUAAUCAGUCUUCACCAGUUAAUUCCAGUUUACUGCAAGCACCCCUUGCUACUUGUUUCUCCGGUGAAUCAAGUAGUCUAAGUUCGUGUACGAACAGCAGUUCUAGUAGCCAAGUGGGUAUCCUACCUGUUCAGUCAUAUGAUUUGGAAUGCGAAUUUUCCUCUGAAUCGCUUGCUCCAAGGCAUAUGUCAUCUGGAAAUUCUGACUGCGCUCAAAAUGAUGCUAUGCGUAAUCUUCAAGAACGCUAUAACUUACCUAUUGCAUGUUUACCUGAUCCAUGUACUUUCAUUUCAAAUGUGAAACCACACAAUUUUAGAAUUCAUACUUAUCGUGGACCCCAUUGGUGUGAUUAUUGUACGCAUUUCAUUUGGGGACUUGUUGCUCAAGGCAUGAAAUGUGUAGAUUGUGGAUUUCAGGCGCAUAAACGAUGUGCUGAUCUUGUACCGUGUGAUUGUGUACCAGAUAUUAAACAAAUGAAACGUGUCUUUGGUGUCGACUUGACUAAUUUGGCAAGAGCUGAAAAUAAGGCUGUACCAACUCUUUUGAUUAAGUGUAUCCAAGAGAUAGAACGUCGAGGUGGUUUAUCUUGUGAAGGUCUUUAUCGUAUACCUGGGAAUUAUGAUCUAGUUGAAGAAUUACGUAUUGAAUUUGAUAAAGACCCAGAAUUAGCGAAUAUAACUGAAUCACGCGUUAGAGAUAUCAAUGCUUUGACAAGUUUGAUUAAAUCAUUUCUACGUCAAUUACCUGUUCCGUUAAUCACCUAUGAAGCCUAUCCGGAUCUACUUGACAUUGUUCGGGAUGAGCGACUGAUAGAACAAGAAAAGCUUGAUUUACUAAAAAAAGUAUUCUCCCGGUUACCGGGUGCUCAUUAUGAAAGUUUACGCUACUUCAUCAAUCAUAUUCACAGGGUAGCUGAGAAACAAGAUAUCAACAUGAUGACUACAAGUAAUCUAGCCAUUGUUCUAUCACCUACACUAUUGAGUUCAUCUUAUACUGAUCCUAUAAGUUGUUUGGCUGGAACACUUUUUGAGCAUGCCUUAAUUGAAUUACUCAUAAAGCAUUGUACUUAUCUCCUCCCUCCAAGUGGACGUUGGUAUACAGCUAGACCUAGUGAAUUACUCGAUGGUGUGAUUCAUCAUUCACCAACAUAUCGACAUAGUCAAAUUAUUACUAAUAAUCCAAUAGGAGCAAGUAUAACAACUAGUAUACCAUCUUCGUAUAAGAAAUGGAGUUUUCUAAGAAGUCGAUCAUCUACAGAUACUCGUCCAGUGCCAACUUUAUCACCAAUUCCAUAG